AUGUCCCACAGACCAAUCGAAGAGUCCCCGCCAUUUAUGAAGGAGGAAAAAAAACACCCCCAUAUGGCAAAUCGACCGAAAGUCCCCGACUUCGCCGGCCCUCUCACAAUCCCCAUCUUCAUAAACUGGGUCCGUCGGUGCAAUUACGCCUUUAAGCAACACCCGGAGUAUAUCUCAGACUCUCUCAAAGUUGAAAUCACGGGUGAUGCAAUCCUUCAAACGCCCUCCACAAGCGAUCUUUACACCUGGUGGGUCACCGACAGCGCGUCUUUAAUCCAAACUCAAAGCUGGGAAUCGUUUCAAGACCUUGUUAAAAAGGAAGCAUUAGGAGCGAAAUGGGAGAUAGAUAUUUUGAAAGAUUACUUUAGUGUUCAACAAAGGGAUCAAACUGUUGAGGAGUAUGAAAAGGGAGUAGGACAUUUGGCCAGGCUGGUUGGGUCUCUUGAUGGUUUGGGGGCAGAUGAAGUGAAAGGGUUUAUAGAAAAGUGUUUCCUAUUGUUUGGAGCGAGAGAGGAAGUUAGGGAAAGAGUUUUGGAGGAGAAGGUGAAGUGUUAUCAAUCCAUUGUCGAGGCGAAAAGAGAGGAUGUGGUGAACUGGUUGAAGAAGUAUGAUAGUGAGGAGAAGGCAAGGAAGGAUGAAAUUCAGGGAGGUAGUCCGAACAAGACUACCCCGCUGCCAGAAAAGAAGAAAACACCAGAUGUCAAGCCUGAAAAGGAAUCCCCACCCCCCGUGUUCGACUCCUUCCCUAUCCUAUACGUCGUCGGCCAAUGCAGUCCUAAAGUCCAAUACACUUACUUACAAAAACACUUCAACGACCUCUCCCACCUACCAAAUAACCGUUUCCCAAUCAGCAGCAUGACCGCCCUAACCCUCUAUGCCUACACCCCCCCAACCACCUUUUUCGACGCCUAUGAAUUUCUUUGGUCUAACCAAACACCCCUCCACUUCGACAAUCGCGUCAAAACUAAUCAACAGCACCUAUUUGUCAAACGAGAAAUCCCAUUCGAUAUCGAUGAGUACAUCGUGGGUUAUCAAAUUGAAUUUUGUGACAAGCUUAAAGAUCGGGAGAUCAGGGAUGUCAAAAUUCGAACAUCGAAAGGGAAAGAACGGAAGAUUAGUAUAGACGGAGUUGAUAUGAAACCUAGUCUUACAGUAACGGCGCCGGAUGGAUGGGCUAUUGUGGGGUUCUAUGGAACAUAUGAUGAUAGGGAAUGGGGGUGGCCUAUUCGAACUAUUGGUCCCGUGUUUGGAAGGUUAUCGGCUGAUAGGACUGAAGUUGGGAGAUAA